AUGGCUCCCACCAUGGCUCUUCCCCUCCCUCUCGCCGCCAACGCAGGGAGAGAAACUUGCAGGAAUGCACCGGCACGCGGCGAGCCGCACCUGACCGGCCAGACACACCGCCGGGACGAAAAGGCCCAGGAAACCGAUGCCAAUCUCUCCUCUCGUUCCUUUUCUUUAAAGGCUGCGCUUCCCCGUCUGAAGGCCAAGCUCCGGUCCUUCAAGCCCCUGAAGACACGGGCCAAGCGGGCAGAUGAGCGCUCGUCCCGGGUCGGUGCAUCUGAGUACAUGUCUCCGACCACGGCGGAGGCGUGCUCAGACCCGAUUGACGCCUCGCUCUUGCGGCAGAAGCUGCUCCAGGUUCAGCGCUCGCAGGGGCCGCCGAGGGGAAAGGAUGCAGACGACAAACGGGAGCAAACAGUCGUCGUCUCCACCGAUGAGGGAUCGGCAGCGUCUCCGAAGGGUCUUUUUCCCCGGAUGAGGCGAUGGUGCUGGAACAGGCAGCGCGGGCUGCCCGAGGGCGGGAGGCGACGUGCUCGCCGGGCACCGAGUCCCGAAUGGAUUCACUACUGCUCGCCUGGCAGUAGGUUCUACGGGCUCUGA